CCCAAAUAACGAUACCGAACUUCCAGCCCUACUAAUUACUAGGCUGUAGAACAACAAACAAACAACACCUGAGCCCGCCAUCUGUAAUCCAACAGACUAGAGACAGGUAAAGGUUGGCCAUUGGGCUAUAGAGAAAGAGAGGAGGAGACGGGGAACAUCUCCCCCUACCGCAUAGUUUACGCGAAUACUACCUGUGACUCUGACCGGCGACAAGCAAAUCAAUCCACGGGAAGUGAUAAAAAAGAAAGGAACACAUUAAUGUGUCGACCAUCGAUUUGCACACAUUUACACCUUUCAGCUUUUUCUACCUAACUACUGCCUGCCUUUCGUAACAAACGUUUUGCUCUGCUCCAUAUGUAUAUAGAAACAGAGCAAGUAAUGACCACGCAACCUUCCCAAUGCUUCAUCACCCGAUCUACUAAUUGCUUGCUAAUCGAUCCUUUAUAAAGUAUUGAUUGAAGGAUCAUACCGUUAGAUGGCGACGUGGCAUAUGAUUAUGUGUUAGUUUAGUAACCCGGUUUCGGUUUGUUAGGAAAUCGAAUCAGGUUUGGUUUUGUUAGUUGGCUGGAUGGAUGGUCGAACCGACUGAAUCAAUACGUACUUUGGGUCCAUUAAAUUUGCUAGAUGUUGUUCGAUGGAGAAACUCCGAGUACUUAAAGUGUUUUAUUUGUAUAGUUCAGGGUCUUACUUGUAGUAUUUUUUUACUUUCAGUAUUUAAUAGGACUUUUUAGUAUUCUCUAUACAUAUUUGUAAUAUGAUGAUACGAUGCAAAUUUUAUUUUGGUGAAAUAAAAUAUGUGACUGUCGUCUUUCCCCUUUUGUGCGAAUUCCAACUAUGUAACAUGGUAUCAGAGUGGAUAUUUUCUCAUUCUUGAUUUUCUUCCAUUUCUUUCAUUUGCUUUCUCUUUCUUCGAGGUCUUUCUAGACUGAUUUGAUUUGCUAUGAUCGUUUUCGAUUUAGUUGUUCAAUCUUCCGCUUCCACUAUCUUUUGUCUGUAUGUUAGAUUCUCGACGAUCGUACGGUUGGAUUCUCUUUAUUCUUCUUAUAGUUUUUUGCCUUUUUCUCAAUGAAACACUAAGUUUCUCUUUCAUAGCGACUUUCUCGACUAUCUCUGCGACGUCUGGUCCGCCUCCCGUCAGUGCAAUGUCUGGUUCUCUUUCCCGCCAGCGCGACGUCGGGUUCUCUUCCUGCCGGUGUAAAUUUGUCUUCGACGCACUCGUUCUUCAUCACUAACGGAGAUGUUCCUUCUCUCCAACAUGUUAUGGUGUCGCUCUCUGGCUCUAACUACCAUUCAUGGACACUGUCGAUGAGGAUGAGGCUUCCUGCUCGAAGCAAGCUCUCUCUAAUAGAUUUCCGUACUCUAGUUCCAACACCUAAAGAUCCUCUGUCGAAUGCCCGGGAUAAGGCGAAUGUACUUGUUCUCGGCUGGAUCCAGGGAUUCAUUUCUUCAGAAAUAGCACAAACUGUGCUCUGGUUCAACAUUGUCGUCGAGGCUUGGAAAGAUCUACUAGAGAGAUUCAUGAAGGCAAUGAUGACACUCAAUUUAUAGUGUUUAUCACUCCCAUAUUUGAUACAUUUUCUCUUCUAUUAAUGCAUCUUUAGUGAUUUGGAAUGUAUUUCAUAUGGAAUUCAUAACUAUUUUGAGUUUUGUGCUUAUGAUAGACCUUGAGUGUGUUUUUGUACUAUUUGAUGCCUUUUAGGUGUUGUUUUGUGCUUUUUAACGAUAUAAACCACUUAAGACAAAUGUGGAUCACCAAGGAAACCAAUGGACCAGAUGAUAGUAUUUUGAAGAACAGAAGAGUCAAACGGAGUCCAAAUGAGUUGAAAUAUGAGGAACAGGUCCAUGCGCCCAAGAGGGAGUAGCCCACCAAAAUGGGCCCAUUUGAUAAGAACAUAGAGUGGUAGGUCCAACCGCCAUGGCAUUGCUACCAACCCUAAAGUCUUCAGGAAACUUCCUUUACAAGUAAUUUCGUCCACAAGUUGAAGGAAUUUGAGUUCAAGUCGGACAAGGACGAUUUUUUCCGAAUUUAGGAGGAAAAAGACUAGAAAGCCUCCUUUUGUAACUAGUAUAAAUAGAGGCACAUGUCUAGACUUUUAGACACACCUUUCACUAGCACUCUGCCCCACUGGGCAUGAGUUAAAAUCCAUAUAGAUGAGGUGAAGCCCUGCUGGAGCUCGACUAGGGAUGAUCCACCAUAGAUGUUCUUCAUUAUUGGUGACGUCGUUCUAUUCUCUCUUGUAUUGUUAAUUCGAUCUAUUUUGGGAUGCAAUUCAAUGGUGCUUGUGUAUUACAUUCUAUGAUUUAAUAAAAUACCUAUUGUGUUCAAUGAUCUUAUGAUUCUUAUCAUCGAUGUUUGAUGUUAAUAUAUGCUUGUAUCAUCUAUUGCUAGAGUUAUUCGAUGCUAUGAUUACUAGAUGCUUUAGUUAACCGAUGCUUAUGAUUUUAUUAUGAAUGCUACUAUAGUAUCUUGUUUAUAAUACUAUUUUGCGAACAAAAUGAAACUAAUCUCAUGUAGUAGGCAUCUUCAUUAGCCAUGUGUAAAAUAAAAGUACACCUUUCUACGCAUGACUAAUUGCCACUGAAACAUGCUCUCCAGUAAUUCAUAGACUGGGUAAGAAAACUCGCCUGGAAAGACAAUCUCAAAGGCUGUAAGCUUUCUUCAAAUGAAUUAGAUUAACCUUGAUCUCACUUAAUACUAGCUUGUCUACGAACCCUGUAACCAACCUGCUCUUUUAUCCUAAAAUCUCUGGUCGAGGAUGAUUGAUUCUUAGAUCAUUGAUGCUAUAGACUAGAGUUAUGGUUUGUAGAAGCCCAUAAUUAACCAUAUGCUAUCAUAACGUCCUUGUUCUUUAUUGAUUAGGCGAUGGCAUGAAGUGAAAAUACGAUAGGUUGGUUUGGAGUAGUUAUUAUCAAAAGACCUCGUGGAAUAUGACCCUAGGUUAUCCUAAAAUUUAUCGGCCGAUACUACAUCAUGUUUUUGGCGCUGUUGCCGGGAAUUUUUUAUAGUAUUUGAAAGAAACUAACCUCUUAUGUUUUAUUUUCAUUUCAUAAAAGAAACCCAUUAGACUCUAGCUGGUUUUGCUUUGCAGGAAUCAUACUCGAGGAAGCCAUCCAAGGAUGUGAUACCAAAAAGAAGGAAGCAAGAUGGACCAAGGAGGAUCAAAGGUCGAAGCAAGCAACACCUAACCUCCAUUAUGUCGCCCUCCAAAUAAGAUCCAUAUCGAUUGGGGUGAUGAUAAAGGAGAUCCAGUAGACUUAACGAUAGUGAGGGAAACAUAUGGAGACUACGUAACUGUAGAGGAAUGGGAGCAAGCUUAUGCUUUCCUCCAUUCAAGACACCAAAUCAAGUCAAGACCUACUAGGAGCAUCAAUACUAACAUCACAAAAGAAGGGAUCGGACAAGUGCUAGAAGAUGUCAAUAUCAUCAAGGAGCCUCCACAAGCCAAUAAAGGAAGUUCCAAUGAAGUGCGUGAAGGUUUUGAACUGAUCAAGGUACAAGUAGGGCUUACGGAGCAUCAAAUUUUUUUGGAGCAUAAAGGGAUGGAAGAUCAUCUCAAUGCUAACAAAGAAGAAGAUGAAGAGAUCAUGUACCAUGGAGAUGAGGAUUAUAUUGAAGCCAAUGAACUUAAUGGAGAAGAAUACGAGUGUUUGACUCAAUCUUUAGAAAAACAUGGCAAUAGACCCCUAAAGGAGAUACAAUGGACUUAUAAAGCUACUCACGUCUUGAUGAAAACAUCAUACAAGCCAUGGAGACCAUGAUCAAGCAUCUUCAACAUAUCUAAGAAGAGAAGAUUGAUCAACCUAUCAAAGAACCUCACGAAGAAGAAGAUCUUAAGGAGAUCAAUGAGAUUUGUUAUAACAUCUCGUUCCGGCAAAACCCAUAUUUCGAUCGCUAGAAAGUUCGCGAUUUAAAAUCGAGCGUUUUGAUAGUAUUUCGACGAAAAUCGGAUUAUCGAUCGAUCGGAUAAGUAUACGUAUUAAUUAAUUAAUUAAUUAAUUAUAUAUAUAUAUAUAUUAAUAAGCAGCCAUAUAUAAGUUACCCGUCCAUUUCCAUCCCAUCACAUUCCAAUUCUUCUUCUUUCUUUUCCGGCCCAGAGAAACCGAGAGUACAGGGCGGCGCGUCAGAGGAGACAGAGCAUGAAAUUCUCCGAGCUUGAUUCUUGAGCUACAGUGAUCCAAAAAUCCAGUAAGUAAUGUCUAAUCCAUCCAUACAUCAUGAUUUAUCGAUUUGGAGCUUUAAAAUGAGUUUUUGGAUCAGGAAUUUCUUGAAUUCCCGAUAAGCCAAAUUAGGGUUUCGGAGUAUCCGGAAGCCGGAUUGAGCCCAAAUUUCAUAUACGAGCUUCCUGCGGCGAGGUAAUCAAUCCUCUAGUUCUAAUCCCUGAAUUUAGGCAAUUAUUUAGGCCGGGGUCCAAACCGCUGAAUUUAGCUCCGGCCAGGGUUUGAUGUGUUUUUAUCAAGAAUUUGACCCGGAGCCUAGAACUAAUAUUGACGGGGAUACUGCAGGGGAUAUUAGGACGGUCUCGGAUUUUAAUUCGGGGUUCGUUCGAGAAAUUGACGUUUUAGUACGGGGAAGCUUAAACCGGUGUUUGAACGACCAGAACUGGUGAGGGAUUAGCACGACAUACCGGGUUUGUCGUAUCACGAUAAUUAUAUUGAUGCUUAGAAUUGAUCUAGGUGAACUAGAAUGGCAUGAUUAGGGGUGUAUGAACUUUUGUGCUAUAUGUUGAACCCUGGAUUGCUGUAUGAUAUUAUUGACUUGCCCUAAUCGAUAUGAAUCUUGUUUAUGCUGAUGAUUGUGUAUAUGUUGCAAAUUGUGGGCUGGACUGUUAAUAUGCUUUACGAUGGUUCGAGAAGGUGAUUAGGUAUGACUUUUCAUGAUUGUUGUAUUUGGAUGCACAAGUGGGAAAAUAUAUAUUCCCUGGUGAUAUUAUGAUGUUUUAAGGAGGAUGACUUGCACGAGGGUUUAUCCCGAGGAAGUGCAACUAUACGACUCCUGGUUUACCUAUAUUGAGCCAAUUAUGGUCAGGGCAAGUACAUGUGCAAGUAACGAAUUAUGAUUAAGCAAGAUGAGAUAUGAAUCAUGUAUAAGGAUACCAAAUAUGAGUGUUGUGGUCUCACGGUCAACUACAUAGUAAUUAGGGCUCCCUAUGCUAUUACUCUAUUAUGAUAUGUAUGAUAGUCACGCCUCUCAUGUGGUGGUGACUGAAGAAUUCUUACGAGAUAUGACCACACCCAGAGCGGUGUCGGGGUAUGAGUACACCCAUAGUGGUGUGGAGUAUGUAUGACCACAUCCGACGGGAUGUUGGGGUAUGUAUGACUACAUCCGACGGGAUGUGGGGUAUGUUUCCCAGGAGAGUUAUUAGCAUGAGAGUAGCCAGACGCCUAUGAUUAAAACAUGAUAAGAUGCAUAUGCAUAAGUCAAGGUGGUUGAGUCCUUUGCCUAUUGGGAUAUGAGGAUGGCCGAGGUCCGAUCCUAGUGUUUUGGCUUGAUUGUUAGAUGUAUGAUAGGGGUAUGCUCUGUUAUGAACUCACGAUGCUAUGAUUAUCUCACUCAGCUUUGAGCUGACCCUCUUUAUCCUUUUUCUCUGCUUAUGCCAUGUGUAAGCAGAUCAUCAUCAUCAGCAGUAGUAGAUAGGUGUAUAGGUGGGAGCUGAGCAAGAGUUGAAGGCAAGAUGAGGUAUGGUCUUCAACUAUUCUGUGCUUGGACUACUACUCGGGAUUUUGGCCAGUGAUCCACACCUUUUUGUAAAAAUGUUUUGAUAACGUUUUUCAUGUGCAUACUAGCUUCUGAUGUAGUGUUAGAUAUCCACAGGUGUGGAAAGUUAAUGAUAUGUGUAUAUUUAUGUGGUUGUGUAAGUUAUGCGACUAUGGCUUGUAUCAGUAUGGUAUGAAUUUGUGUAGUAUGAAACUGUGACUAUGGCUAAGAAAAGCCAAUGCAUAUGGUUGUGAGUAUAUAUGUUUGUGAUGAGUUAUUUUGCAGGAUAAGUUGCAAGAACUGUUAGCCCAUUACGCGAGUAAUUCAUGUCGAAAUUUUAUUUAGGUAAAUUUUGGUAAUUAAUGUAACACCCGAGA